GGUCAGCGCCUGGUCAGAUGGUACGGUUUCCCUCUGUCCCGCACUGGCACAUCGCCACCCAGCGCCCCCCCUCAACUAAAACCCAAUCUCCGAUAAACUACUAAUAGCUAAACCACUUGGACUAUAAAACACAACAAAUCAUAAACCAAGGAAAAGAACCUGUACCCUCCCAAUGAGUUCCUAUUUUGUAAACUCAACUUUUCCAGUGACUCUGCCUGGAGGACAAGAGUCUUUCUUGGGACAGAUACCGUUAUACUCCUCCGGAUACACUGAUCCUUUAAGACACUAUCCCGGUGCUGCCUAUGGCGCUACCAGCGUUCAAGACAAGGCGUACCCAUCCUCCUAUUACCAGCAGGCGAACGGUGCCUAUGGCCGGGCCACCGCCGCCGGUGCAUGCGACUACGCAGCAGCCAGCUUUUACAGGGAAAAGGACCCCGCCUGUACCCUCGCCAGCAUAGAGGAACAUUCGCUCGUCCUGAGCCAAGACCAUCGCAAGACGGACUGCUCGGGGCAAAAUAAAAGCAUAUUUGGGGACAGCGAGGACCAGAAGCCCUCGACGCCCGUUUAUCCGUGGAUGCAGAGGAUGAACUCGUGUAACGGGACCUUCGGUAACCCCGGUCGAAGGGGUCGUCAGACGUACACCCGCUACCAGACGCUUGAGCUGGAGAAAGAGUUCCAUUUUAACAGGUACCUUACCCGGAGGCGCCGUAUCGAGAUCGCGCACGCACUGUGCCUAACAGAACGCCAGAUCAAAAUUUGGUUCCAGAACCGAAGGAUGAAGUGGAAAAAGGAGAAUAAACUGAUCAACUCCUCUCAGACCAGCGGAGAGGAGGAGGAAGAGAAGAGGUCAGAGUAAAGAAAAGAAGAAGAUGCAUAAAAUGGCUUCUGGCAUCAUCUUCGGAAAUCCUACAAAUAUGAAGAUACUACCUUCAUAUGCCCAAAGUUCCCGCCGGUGAUGUUGUGUUUGGUAAAUUUGUUGUAGCAUUCCAGAAGUUCACUUAACUGUCUAUUUUUGUUAUUGUUAUUGUCAUUUUAUGUUUCUUUUUAUAAUGAUUCGGGUACCCGAAAGGCAAUGUUUUUGUGCGCUUGCCUCUUGAUUUAGGAUGUGGCCCAAAACAUUAUUGGCCAUGUAUAACGAAACUAUUUCAAAUAUAUGUCAUAUUCGUGUUCAUAUUUAAACUGUAUAGAAAUAAAAUGAAAUUCUCCUUG